GUGAUGCUUUUCCGUGGACUAUUAGUCUGCAUCAUUUCAGCAUAUAUACUCUUCUUGGACAACAGAUGACACUUAAUUUAGUGGAACCAAUGGGCUGUACUUCUACUUUAGCUGUUACUUCACAGAAGCUGCUUGCUUCGGGGCCAGAAUCCAGACACUCAUUUGUUGUCUGCCUCCAUGUCGACCUUGAGUCCCUUGAAAUAAAAUGCUCCAACCCCCAGGUGCAGCUUCUGUAUGAACUGGCUGAGAUCACAAGUAAAGUUUGGAAUAAAAUUCAGAGGAAAGGAAUUCUGUAUCAGUCUUCUGUCUAUACUGAAACCAUGACAGGACCUGCUCCUCCUAGCUCUCCAGUUAAAAGCAGUAUUGGUACUGCUCCACCAGAUACCAGCACAUACAGCCCAUCUGCUGACAUUGGGACCACUACAGAGGGUGAUUCCCUUCAGGGUGGUGAUGAUUCUCCAUUCUCAGACUCCAUUACAUUGGAACAAACAACGAGUAAUAUUGGAGUCUCAAGCGGACGUGUCAGCCUAUGGAUGCAGUGGAUGUUGCCAAAAAUUACUAUAAAAUUGUUUGCUCCUGAUCCUAGAAAUAAUGGCACAGAAGUUUGUGUUGUCAGUGAAUUAGAAGAUCUCAGUGCCUCAGUGGAUAUGCAGGAUGUCUAUACCAAAAUCAAAUGUAAAAUAGAAAGCUUCAAUAUUGAUCAUUACAGAAACAGCCUUGGGGAAGAUUCUUGGUCUCUGGGGCAAUAUGGAGGUGUGUUCCUUUCCUGUACUGACAAGCUGAACAGACGUACCUUGUUGGUUCGACCCGUCAGCAAGCAGGACCCUUUCAGUAACUUCUCCGGCUUCUUUCCCUCUACAACUGCAAAACUUUUAGAUGGCUCACACCAACAACAUGGAUUUCUUUCUCUCACUUACACCAAAGCUGUGACAAAAAAUGUCCGGCACAAACUGAUACCAAGAAAUGAACGAAGAACAUUCCAUAAGCUAUCAGAAGGUCACACUGAUGGUUCUCCUCACUUUCUUCAUGAGAUCCUUCUUUCUGCUCAGGCCUUUGAUGUGGUCCUCUGUUUUCCAUUGCUUAAUGCGAUUGCAAGCAUUUUUCAAGCCAGGUUGCCGAGGAGUCAAAAGGAGAAAAGAAAAUCACCAGGCCAACCUAUGAGGACUCAUGCUGUAACUUCCCGCAACUUGCCUCUGAUUUAUGUCAACACUGGUGUAAUUAGAGUCUUCUUUCCCCAAAAUGAGGAAGAUCGUCAUAGUGCAGAAGCUAAUCCAGCAAUUAAAGAAGACACUUUGGUUCUCAAGAUUGGAUCUGUCUGUAUGGCUCCUCAGGCUGACAACCCUCUUAGUAGAGCUGUGCUCAGAAAAGACAUUUAUCAGAGAGCACUGAAUCUAGGAAUACUUCGAGACCCUGGAUCAGAGGUUGAAGACAGACAGUAUCAAAUAGAUCUUCAAUCUAUAAACAUUGGUACUGCUCAUUGGAAUCAGUUGAAACCAGAAAAGGAAAACGGAAAAGGAGGGGUUUUGACGGAGAGUGAAAGAAAUUCUCAAAAUCCAGCACUUGAAUGGAACAUGGCCAGUAGGUUGUUGGAUACAGAAUUUUUUCACCACAGAGUUUUAAUGCAUGAAUUUAAAUACUAUGCAGGCUACAGGACAGCUAUUCAUAAAGUGAAGGGCAUCCACAGCAUAAGGCGGCAUCAGGAGAGGAGAGCAAUUUUAACUCCAAUUUUAACAGAUUUCACAGUUCGAAUAACUGCAGCUCCUGCAAUUAUUUUUACAAAAAUUGAUGCUGCAGAGAACUUACACCCAGAGGAAAUUUUGGUGUGUGGUCAUUCUUUGGAGGUGAAUGUGACGACAAACCUGGAUUUCUUCCUCAGUGUGGCUCAAGUACAACUUCUUCAGCAGCUGGUACAAGCCAAUGUGGUUGGACUGGAACCUUCCAGUAGCACCACUGAG